ACCAGCUUUACUGCUGCAAGAAAGAAGAUUACAAUUCCCGGCAGGCGCCGCGCGGCCCGGCUAGGGGACCUGGGAGGAAAGGCAAGGGGUGGAGCUAAUAAAUAGUGGCACAGAGCACUUACCUUGCGUAAGAUCGUGGUGGUCGUUGUGCUCGUCAGGCAGACGCGUGCUCGUCUCUUCUCGCCCCUUUCUGUGUUGUGGUUCUUGAUGCGAGUAGGGGCGGUGGAACUAUAGUGAGGGGGAAGCCCAAGCUUGCGUGCCUCGGCCGGUCGCUGGUGGUACUGCGGGUGCGGAGCGGUGUUGCUCAGGUAGAGCCCACUGCUCCCAUCCCUUCAGCAGGAGGAGGCUGAGGCUGCUGUGGGCGGGGGUCACUUGGCUCUUCCCUGCUCGGCUAUGUCGGACAAUCAGAGUUGGAAUUCCUCUGGCUCCGAGGAGGACCCCGAGACAGAGCCCGGGCUGCCUGUUGAGCUCUGUGGGGUACUCAGCAAGUGGACCAAUUACAUUCAUGGGUGGCAGGAUCGAUGGGUAGUUCUGAAAAGCAACACACUCAGUUAUUACAAGUCUGAAGAUGAAACUGAAUAUGGCUGCAGAGGCUCUAUCUGUCUGAGCAAGGCUGUGAUUACACCUCAUGACUUUGAUGAAUGCAGAUUUGAUAUUAGUGUAAAUGAUAGUGUUUGGUACCUCCGAGCUCAGGACCCAGACCACAGACAACAGUGGGUAGAUGCAAUAGAACAACAUAAGGUAUGUGUUUUUUCUGAUUUCCUUUCUACCUCAUUAGAUCUAGUGGUGCUUGUAGAGAGUUGUAAGCUUCCAAUGUACAGUCAUUAA